AUGACCGAUGAGCUUUGUGAGGAUGAAGCAUCCAAUCAUUCACAGGAAGAUUUGUUCAGUAUGUCCCUGUUAGAAAUAUUAGACAGAGUGAUAAUGGAGCUGUGUACCCGGUUUACUGCACUAGAGAACAUUAGUGGAAAAUUUACUUUUCUGUAUGAUGUUCAAAUUCAAGAAAUGGAAGCGGAGGACAUAAAGACCAAAGCAGCAGAAGUGUCUGAUACCUACACAGAAGAUCUAAAAAAGGAAGAUUUUAUUUUUGAAAUUGAAAGUUUCAAACACCAUGAUCUGGUAAUAGAGAGAGACUUGCAAAAUUCCACUGCAUCAUCCACAUUAAGUUUGAUUUAUAAAAAUAAAUUAGUAAAGGGGUAUCCCAACAUUACUGUAGUCUUAAGAAUAUUGCUUACCAUACCAGUUUCUGUUUCCUCUGGAGAAAGAAGUUUCAGCAAGCUGAAACUAAUUAAAAAUCAUUUGAGGAGGGUGACUGCUCAACGAAGAUUAACAAAUCUCAGUAUAAUCUCCACAGAGUACAAACAAACUGCUUCCAUAAACUAUGAUGACAUCAUAAGCGUCUUUGCAGCCAAAAAAGCUCGGAAAGCGAAGUUUUAA